UAAGCGAUCGGUCAUUAUCGAUUGAUUUCACGGUAUUUUGCUUUGCUUUCCUUCAUCUUUUGCUUGCUUUGCUUUCACCAACUGAUCGAUCCGCAUUUUCAUGCAUCACAGUAUAAUUAUUAUUAUUGGUAUAUUUCAUACUUGCUUACUGCUAUAUAUACAAUUAAGCAAAAAAGAAAAUUAGAAAAAAAAUCCUCGAGAGCAGAGUUGGGGAAGCGAAGGAAAGGAAGAUCCAGAGAUGGAGUUACUUAUGGAUAGCGCCGGAUUUCUCAGACGUUACCGAGAAUCCCCACGACCGUUUCCAGCUGCUCUUUUUCUUCUCCAUAUUGCAUAACCCUUCCCACUCUCUCACAGUCCGUCUGCGUCAUAUAAUAUGGCUAUGCCUCUCUUCUUUUUCCCUCACUCCACUUGUUCGCUUUUUUCCUAAAUUCAAUGCUUCUCGCAUCUGGCCACAAAAUGGGCUUGUUUCUGUUCUUCCUUUCAAUUACUAGCAACAUAUGCGAGUCCAUUCAAUUAAUUCUCGUUUAAUUCACCGCAGGUCCGCAGUCACCCGUGGUUUCUUCUUCGUUUUCAAUUUUCUUGAUUCUACUUUCUUCAUUUUUGCUCUUUGAUAAGGACUCUUUGAAUCUUGGGAAAAAAUAAAAAUAAAAAAUUUAAGGAUUCCGUGAUUUGGUAGACAAGAAAUGGCAUCGUCAGUAGAUGAAGUGGUGGAAGAGAUUAUGCGAAUUCACCGAUCUUUGCCAAGCAGGCCGGGACUCGACGAGCUGGAGGCCGCCAAAGCCUUGAUCAGAAAUUUGGAGAAGGAGGACCAAGCGAGACUCGAUGCCAUUGCAAGACAAACAAAGAGCCCCGAUGUACCCGAGGAGCUCUUCAUCGUGUUACAAGAGAUGCAGAAGAGCUUAGUCUUUUUCCACGCCAAAGAGCAGAAGCGGGAAGCUUUGAGACUGCUCGAUCUCGAAAGCCUCCACUCUCUGUUCGACGAUUUUAUUCAGAGAGCUUCCAAGUGUCUGCCUUUCACUACUUCUGCUGAAGGAGGCAGUUUCUAUAAUAGACCCAAGUCAUCUGCGACUACUUCGUCGUCGAGCUUGUACUGCACCGACAAAGAUCCUUUAAUGGCUUCUAAAUUGUUCGCCAAAGAUGACAGCUAUGUGAACAAGGCUAAAUCAACAUUCUACGUGGACGGCACUGGGAUCGGGAUUGGACCCAUUGUUUCGCCCACGACCCAGAUAUUGUAUCCUUCUCUAAAACCUCCUACCACUUCUUCAGUUCAAGAUGGAGAAAAACUGAGUUUGAUCAAGCUUGCUAGUUUAAUUGAAGUGUCUGCUAAAAAGGGUACCCGAGAUCUCAAUCUUCAGAACAAGUUGAUGGAUCAAAUUGAAUGGCUCCCCGACUCAACUGGGAAGUUGUCGAGUUUGAUCACCCUAGAUUUAUCUGAUAAUCGGAUUGCGGCCCUACCAGACACCAUAGGAGGCCUUUCAUCCUUAACAAAACUGGAUUUGCAUUCAAAUAGGGUCUCGGAACUCCCAGAUGCUAUAGGAGAUCUCCUUAGCCUAAUCUAUCUAGACCUGAGUGGAAACCAGUUGUCAUCCCUGCCUGCUACCUUUGGCAGAUUGGUGCGUCUUCAGGAGCUUGAUUUGAGCUCAAAUCGGCUCUCGUUUCUUCCCGAGUCUAUAGGAUCACUCAUUAGCAUCAAGAAAUUGAAUGUAGCGACAAAUGAUAUUGAAGAAAUCCCACAUACUGUUGGUCGGUGUACUUCACUUAGGGAGCUUCGAGCAGAUUAUAAUCGACUUAAAGCUCUUCCAGAAGCUGUAGGGAAGAUUGGGACUCUGGAGGUUUUGUCGGUCCGUUACAAUAAUAUCAAACAAUUACCCACAACUAUGUCAUCUCUCUCAAACCUGAGGGAGCUUGAUGUCAGUUUCAAUGAGCUCGAGUCAGUGCCUGAGAGCCUAUGUUUAGCUACCACGCUUGUCAAGAUGAACAUAGGAAACAAUUUUGCUGAUAUGAGAUCUCUACCAAGCUCCAUUGGGAACCUUGAGAUGCUUGAAGAAUUGGAUAUUAGCAAUAACCAGAUACGGGUUCUUCCAGGCUCUUUUAGAAUGCUCACAAGACUACGUGUACUACGUGUGGAAGAAAAUCCUCUGGAAGUUCCACCCAGACAUAUAGCUGAAAAGGGUGCACAGGCUGUUGUUCAAUACAUGGCUGACCUCUUCGAGAAAAAGGAAAAAGGAGAUGUUAAGUCACAAUCGGUUAAGCAGAGAAAGAGUUGGGCUCAGAUAUGCUUCUUUUCGAGGUCUAACAAAAGGAAGCGAAAUGGUGCAGAUUAUGUGAAAGCCUGAUUGAUUACAGCAUUGAUGACUAGAAAUAUGACAUGAUAUUUGGUAGGUUGUUGAAUUGCUUCCUGGCCAAUUUGGAUAUGGCCAUAUAAAAAAAAAAAAAAAAGGAAUAUAAUUGCCAUUUAAACUGGAUUAUAGCAAUCGUUUAGGCUUUAUUACCCUAUCGUGCUGGUUUCACCACUUGCGUCAUUUGGCCCAUGGUUGAUCCUCCUCAUAAAGAGAAGUAAAGGGUAGGCCAAAAAGUAGGACUAGUGGUUAAAAUAGAUGGUAACUACCUGGGCCGAUGUUUUAAAUAUCCGGUGAUACUGCUUGUUGAUGCAUGAUUUCAUUGUUGUCUAAAUUACAGGAUAUCGGCCAUUAGCAUGGUUGAUGAAAGCAGAGAUUUCAUUGCAAUGACUGCAUCUGAUAUGGGUGGGUUUUUCAAAAUGGCUUUUACUUUUUAUGUCUUCUGAGUUGUAGAUUUCUUUCCUUCUCCCAACCUGCUUCCUUUUUUGGCGGUCAUUCUAUUUUUCGAACCUUUUCUCUUCUUUUUCUGUCAUCCUUGAGCGUUUCAGCCGGCAAUAGGGGAGGGUCGUGGGACAUCAUGUUGUAAUAUGUAUAUCUCCUCCAUUGCUAUGAAAUUUGAGUGACCUUUCUGCCACUUCCAAAAGGAUUUUUCCCGAUUCGAAAAUUUUCCCGAUUCGGAAAGAGUAUAAUAUAUCUUUUUCUAUUUCAAGGAAGUUAUUGGAAUCAAACAAUUAAAUUAUAUUUUUCUGGGACUUUGGUCGAGGGCCUUGGUCUAUCCUUGCGAUGAAGGAAGGCGUCCGUAUUUCUUCCGACUUGCAGCAGUCUACGAUAGCUGCACAUGGAAUCCCACUUAUGUCUCCAUAAAUCGAAGCACGACAAUGAUAAGAAUAUGAAUUCAGCCAUGCUUCACUUUUAAACCAUGGUCAAAUGCAAAGCCGAAGCUAAUGUGCAUGUGCUGGAGGAUAUGGCUUAGAAGACUCUUAUCUGCAGUUCGAAAUAUCAAGAUUCCUGGCAUAAAUGGGGUUCUAUACUAUAGUCCUCAGAUUCUAGAGAAAGCAGGUGUUUCAGUUCUUUUGUCAAAUAUGGGCAUUAGUUCAACCUCUUCAUCUCUCCUCAUAAGUGCUCUUACAACGGUUUUUAUGCUUCCUUGCAUAGCUCUUGCAAUGAACCUAAUGGAUAUCACUGGUAGAAGGUAAGGUUCCCUUUUGUGAGAACCCUUGAGUUCAUAGAUAUUUUUUUUCCCUUUUUUUUUUUUAGAAAUAUGAAAUUGUAGAUCAUAACAUGCAAACAUUCCUGAAGAUAGCACUCUAAAUUAUUUUCUUAUAGGUCGCUGCUACUUUACACAAUACCUAUCCUAAUAUUGUCGCUCAUUGCACUAGUGUUUAGCAGCAUUGUCAAUAAGGGGUCUGUUUUUAACGCAACAGUGUCUGCCACUGGCAUAGUGGUCUACACCUCCAUCUUUGUCAUGGCUUUUGGGGUAAUUCCUAACAUCCUUUGCUCAGAGAUCUUCUCGACUCGUGUUCAUGGCCUCUGCAUAACUAUCUGUUCUCUCGCAUAUUGGAUUGGAAAUAUCGUUGUCACGUACUCAACUCCAUUGUUGCUCACCUCCAUAGGCCUUGCUGGUCUCUUUGGUAUCUACGUUAUUGGAUGCAUCAUUUCAUGGAUAUUUAUUUUCUUGAAGGUUCCUAAAACGAAAGGCAUGCCUCUAGAAGUCAUAUGAGAGUUCUUUGCUGUGGGUGUAAUGCAAGUUGCUAAUAAUAAGGAUAAUUGACUUGAUCGUCAAA